AUGUCAUUGAAAGAGCCUGUCGAAACACCUUCACCGGUUGAGAAUAUUCAUAAUGUUGUCAAUGGUGUGGCUGCAUUGAAAUUGAAAAGCAAAAAGGCAAAUAAAAAAGUGAAGAGCAAAAGAAGAAAUAAAAUAAGUAACGCUAAUGAUUCUAUUCCUUAUCACACAUUUAACCAUUCCAGUAAGAACUACCUACCAAAUGAUCCGAAACGGAUAUUCAAAUCUAUUGAGGAAGUAGGACUGUUUAAAGAUGAUCAAUUUACAUGUGAUGUUAGCCAAAAGAGGAAAUUAACUGCAAUGCCUGUAUUGGUACAUAAUGCUUCACUGCUGGCUGAUCUAUCCAUUACUGAUUCGAAAGCUCUGAAAACUAAAUUUAUUGGAACUAACCUUUAUGACAACCUUGAAAUAUAUAAAGCAAUGGACGACAAAGAUCUAGAUAGUAUUGAACCUUGUUUAAAAUAUAUCGAAUCCCAGUUUCAAUGUGGUGCUUGGUUAAGCGCAUUUCCAAAAUUAACAAUAGUAUCUGCUAGACAUCAUAUAGUAGAUAUUGGUAUGUCCCUAUUUAAUUCUAAUGAGAAGAAUGCAGAUACUACUUUAAUAUGCACAUACCUUGAUAAUGGUCUUCUAUUGUUUUCUCAGGAUACUCAAAAUAAAUCAUUUGCCAAAGAUGGUAUAUACUCUACGGAUCCGAUCCUGAAAAAGAUAUGCUUUUCAGGAUUUGCAUUCGAAGAUCUAAUUACAAACCAGGAUGGUCCCAAAAGUCCAGCAUUUUCUAUCGUUAAAGCACGACUCGAUGACAAUAUUGAUCUAGUGUUACGUUGUGAAAUGGAUGCCUAUAAUGCAACCCAGGAUAUUUACAGUGAACUGAAAUGUUAUGCCAAUUUAAAGAUGGGUAACCCACAACAUCGUAAAAAGUUAUUGAAAACGUGGCUGCAAACAGGAAUAUGCCCAGAAUCAGAUAUUAUCAUUGGGAUCAGGAAUCCAUCAGACGGUAUUUUACAUGAUAUACUGCAAUACUCUAGGACUAAUUUAUAUCGAAAAUUUAAUAGUAGAAAUCUUACGCCAUACAACAAGGAUUUCAAUUAUAACUCAAAUGUUGCCGUAGAGUGGCUUCAACAUUGUUUAAGAUCUAUAUGUGAAUUAGUAAGAAGAAAUGCAAAUCCGGAUGUAGAUGAAGGUCCACGUUCCUUUAAGAUCAAGAUAGAUGCACGUCAUAACAUACACGUAAAGAAAUUGCAUUCUACUCCAGUCAGUGUUACGAUUCCAAACUUUACAUAA